UUAACAGAUUUUUUUUCUGUACAUACUUAAUCUACUAAAGUCAUGAUGUUAAUAGACAUUUUGAAGCCAUUACAAGAUUUUUCAACAGUGAUCACUUAAACCAAAUAAUGGUUUCUUCCUAACACCUUCUCCUGUAGCAAACCUAUAUUUAACAGAAUUGUUACUACAUUUCAGCAAUCCUUGCAGCAUUCUAAAAAAUAAAUUGGCAGGUAUCGCAGGUAAUGAAAGUGUAGCUCAGAGACGUCCACAUUGCACAAGUGUGCACAGUGUGGGCCUGAACGUGCUUUCAUCAGGGUCUCAUUCCUCCUUGAGGUUGCAGGUGCUCUCUCUCAGAGAGAGAACCAACUUCGUCUUCCAUAGUAUUAAUGAGUUAAUGACAGUUUGAUCAGUCUUGCUUUACAAACAGUAACCCUAAUACACAUUUCUCUUAGUAGGUAAGGUAGAUUUUUAAAAAUUAAGUUGAAUUUGGGAAAGAAGUGGGGAGUCAUUCAGCAUCACAAGUUGCCAUUUACCUAGGUAAUACAAUUUUACUUUGAUUUCUGCAUUUAUUUGGUCAUGUAAAUGUGCUUAGAACUAAUAAAAAUAUGCAAUUUGUGAAAAUUAAUGCAUGACUCAUCAGCAGAGUAUGGAAUGUUAGCAUGUGCUUUGAAAUUGCAUUUCUUUUAUCCUUUCUUUUCCAUUAUUUACCCAUUGGUUCCAUCUAGAGUAUUAGUCCAUUCUUACUUUUUGUUUCAUAGAUUGUCCAAAAUGGAAAGGACUGGAUUCCACUCUCUUCCACGAAGAGUCAAUGGGACUGGCUAAGGUCAAAGUCUGAGGCUUAUUCCAUCUGCUGUCAGGCACAUGGCUACUCAUUCUCCUGAGAAAACCCACAAGUGUAAUUAUUGUGAGAAAAUGUUUCACCGGAAAGAUCACCUGAAGAAUCACCUACAUACACAUGACCCUAACAAAGAGACGUUUAAGUGUGAAGAAUGUGGCAAGAACUACAACACCAAGCUUGGGUUUAAACGUCAUUUGGCCUUGCAUGCUGCCACAAGUGGAGACCUCACCUGCAAGGUGUGCCUGCAGACAUUCGAGAGCACAGGAGUGCUUCUGGAGCACCUUAAGUCGCACGCAGGCAAGUCGUCAGGGGGCACCAAGGAGAAGAAGCACCAGUGCGAGCACUGCGAUCGCCGCUUCUACACCCGCAAGGAUGUCCGUCGACACAUGGUGGUGCACACUGGAAGAAAGGACUUCCUGUGUCAGUACUGUGCACAGAGAUUUGGACGGAAAGAUCACCUGACCCGACAUAUGAAGAAGAGUCACAACCAAGAACUCCUGAAGGUCAAAACGGAACCGGUGGAUUUUCUAGAUCCCUUCACCUGCAACGUUUCUGUGCCUAUAAAAGAUGAGCUACUUCCAGUGAUGUCCUUACCCUCCAGUGAACUUUUAUCAAAGCCAUUCACAAACACUUUGCAGUUAAACCUCUACAACACUCCAUUUCAGUCCAUGCAGAGUUCUGGAUCUGCCCACCAAAUGAUCACAACGUUACCUUUGGGAAUGACAUGCCCAAUAGAUAUGGACACUGUACAUCCUUCUCACCACCUUUCUUUCAAAUACCCAUUCAGUUCUACCUCAUAUGCAAUUUCUAUUCCUGAAAAAGAACAGCCAUUAAAGGGAGAAAUUGAGAGUUACCUGAUGGAGUUACAAGGUGGCAUGCCCUCUUCAUCCCAGGAUUCUCAAGCAUCAUCCUCUAAACUAGGGUUGGAUCCUCAAAUUGGGGCCCUAGAUGAUGGCGCAGGGGAGCUCUCCCUGUCAAAAAGCUCUAUUUCUAUUAGCGAUCCCCUAAACACACCAGCAUUGGAUUUUUCUCAGUUGUUUAAUUUCAUACCAUUGAAUGGUCCUUCCUAUAAUCCCAUAUCAGUGGGGAGCCUUGGGAUGAGCUACUCACAAGAAGAAGCACAUUCUUCUGUGUCUCAGCUCCCCCCACAGACACAGGAUCUUCCAGAUCCUGCAAACACAAUUGGGCUUGGGUCUCUGCACUCGCUCUCAGCAGCGUUCACCAGUAGUUUGAGCACAAGCACCACCCUGCCACGUUUCCAUCAAGCUUUCCAGUAAGAGUCCAGGACACGGAUCUGUUACAGAACUGUAUAUGUAGCCAUGCCUUAGAUGACCAUUUUUAUUUUAGUGCCUACUUUAAGACAGUAUAAAGAUUUUUGCUUUUUGUAUAGUACCAGUCUUCGUUAAGCCAGUAUAAAUAGAAAUGAGCUUUUAAAAUGAGCUUUGGAACCAUUUGUAUUCAGUUAUGUUUACCUGGUUAUUUUGUCCUAAUUCACUGCCAACUGUCAUAUUUUAAGAUUUUUUUCUUAUAGGAAAGCCAUUAUUAGUAGUAAAGUUUUAUAAAUCCCACGUUCAGAUCACAUUUAUAUCUUAAAAUUCUCAUUAUUGUCCAAUAACAAUGGCUCUGCCUUUUGACAUUUGGCUCAAAAAAUUUUGCAAUAGAAUGUAAAUUUUGUAAAAUUUUAUGAAUAACCAGAGAGUUUUUAAAUUUUUACUAGCCUCUAAAUUGAUUCAUAAUUAAGUGUUUGGUACAAACUAAACCUCUACUUUAGGAGUUAAAUGUUUCUUAGGUUUACCGUAA